UGCUUAAAGAAAUUAGUGAAGACUUGCUGCACAAAGCAGAGAACGUCCUGGAGCAUCUGGACUUUCUGAAGAGGGAUCUGGGUAUUUGUAAGGAUAUGAUAUCCAGCUGCUCCAAUCUUGAUAGAAUAACAUGGUUUAAAGCCUUGAAGGACACCUUUUCUCAGUUUGCUUUGCUUCUUCAGCAGUAUCGAGACGCAUUUCAGAGAGGUUUGGACUCCUGCGUUAAGACCCUAUGAGAGAAAGGAGAAAAAGGAGAGGAGAAUUUGAGAGACCUUCUGAAGAGGAACGACCAAUCACCAUUCAGUCCACAGAACAUGUAUCAGUGGCUCCAAAACAAAGAUGCUGAAGUGAGGGCUUUGAAUGAAUGCAGAGCUGCGAAACAUCACUGUUGUGAAAUCUCAAGAGAAUUUAAAGCGUGUUAUUCAAGAUUCCCCAGCAGACAGAGUGCUGUGUUUCACUCUCACCUCACUGGAGAGUGAAGAUCAGUUCCUCUCAGCUCUGAAGCAGCACAUUGAUUCAGUGAACAUGAUGAACAUGCAAGAAGCUCAGCCACCAUUCAAGCUUCCUGAUAUCAGCCAGAAAGUCCUUUCUGACCUUCGUUCAUUUCUUUUCACCAGAGAGGCAGAGGAAUAUGCAGAGAAAACUGAGUUCUUUGCUGCAUCGGUACCUGAUUUCCCGGCUCCUCUAUUCACCUGUACCACUCUGGGAAUGUUGUGAGUGACAAUUUGAAAAUCGAUGUAAAGCCAGCACCUGCACAAGUAAUAGCAGUGAAGCUAACAUGUGUUACCUUGAGGCUGCAGAGUUCAGAGAUGACUUUUGCUGAUCAGUACAGAGUGGAGUACAAAGCUUUGAGCUGCAGAGGAAAGAGUGUCACUGAUGCAAAAUGGAGAGCCAUUGAAAUCAAGAGAACUGGAUCAAAUUAUGUGGUCUUGGGUAUCAAACCAGAGACACAGUAUCAGCUCAGAUAUGCUGUAAUGAACAGUAACAGCAUGAGUGACUACAGCAGAAUCACAGAGUUCCAGACACCUUCUAGAGCCAGACCUGGACAGCCUACAGUGCUCACACAGAGUAAGGAGUCUCUCACUGUUGCCUGGCAGAGAGUUGAGGCUGAUGGAGAUUAUCCUGUGCUUCGCUACAUUGUGGAGUAUAUGGAGGCUGGUCUGGAGGGCUGGCAGUUCAUUCUAACAGAGGGUCCUGAGUGUGAAUACACCAUAACUCUCCCCUACAGCACCUGCUACAGAGUCAGAGUCUCUGCUGUCUAUGAAGAGAGAGAUACCAGCAAACCCAGUGAGGAAACAGAGGUGCCACUGGAUGUCUGGACUAUAGACCUCUCAGAGAGAAAGGCCUCCCUCUUCCUAGAAGUCCUAAAACUCCAAACAGUGAAGAAACCAGUAGAGCUGAGGGGCUGGCCAGAGGAAGAGAGUGAAGUGAGGAGUUUCCUUCAGUGUCUGCCCUACAUCUCCCAGCUGAGGCUGAGGGGUAGUAUGGUGGACAGAAUGGUCCGAGCUCUGAGAGCUACAGUUCCAGCUGAGUUGACCAUUAAGGAGCUUUCACUCGUCGAGAACUGCACACAGUGGCCGGAGGAGGAGCUGUCCAGAGUUCUCAGCAGCUUAGCUUCUCUUCUGUUGCUGUGGAAUGACCAGUGUCUGAACCUGAAUGGACAAAUGAUGGAGGUUCAGUCCAUUGUCUCUGUGUGUGUCUGUGUCUGUGUGUGUGUGUGUGUGUGUGUGUGUAGGUUGUCUAAAGAGAGUCUCCAGAAGCUGGUUGUUGUGGUGAAUGAAGCUCAGGAUGAGGAGCUCACUCGUGGUUUCCUACAAAAAGUGGGUGGAGAUCUGACUUCCUGCUCUCUGAACUGGGAAAUGAUCCACUAUUUCCUGCAGUACCACUUUAGGAAGAGCAACAUUAAACAGCAGAACAUCAACUUAACACUACAUUGGACAGAAGCUCAGAAAGUAAAAGGCAACAUAAAUGUGUAA